AUUUCUCACGGGUAGUCAACUCUCCCACUCUUCGCUGUGCUUUUUUUUGCUUCACCACCAUCACCCACUCGAACUCGGCGUUGUGCGGUUUCGACGGGCUUCGGUGGGCAACACGGCGUCAUUUGUAGUUUUCGAUCGUUCGGCGUCGUUACGGAUUGUUCGAUCAUCGAAGUUGAAUGAGUGCAACCGACUAGUUUUUUGUUUUCGCCAACCGCCAGUUCCCAGCAGUGUGUCUAGCGAAGCACAAGAAUCAAGUGUUUGUUAGUGAAAGUUCUGGAAUGCUAUAAAGUGUACACCGAAGCAAUCAGUUCAGCUAACACAAGUUUGUUGGCGUUCUGUGAAGCAAGCGAAACACCGUCGUCGGUGUUCGGUGUCCGAUAGUACUGCGUCGAGUACUGUGUCUUGGGUGUUGCAACACAGCAUCGCUCGGCCCACUUAUCACGACCCACUACCAGAAACCGGGAGACCACAAGUAGCAGCAGCAGCAGCGGCAGCAAAAAAGGGCACAACGAAAUCGAAAGGUGUCCAUCAAAGGAGAAAGUCAACUCGCUGCCGACAGUUACACAAUAGCGUCAUCGCCUUUCGUUGUCGCCAUAGUUACUCGAAGGAGGAGGAGGAGGUGGAGCAUUAUCUCACCGUACCAGCGCACGUGAAGCACAGCACAGUAACCUUUUGCCAUCCCGGAGAACCACUUUGUUCGUUCCGUUGCGAACCGGCUUGACAGUUUCGUUCUGUGCCGGCACAGGUUCUGUGAUCUUCCUUUUUUUCGAAAGCUCCUCGUCGAAACACACACACACAGCUACAAAAUGCAAAAGACCACUGGCAAGCAGGUCAGCAGUCGCAGCGCCGUGAACGUAUGCUGGCUGGUCGGGCUGGGGCUGGUCUGGCUGGUGGCGGUGGCGCUGUCCGGCAGUACCUGUGCCGCCGAAGCGACCACCGCCCGGACGCAGGUCUCGGACGAAGCACUCGACAAAGCGCUCAGCGACAAGCGGUACCUGAUGCGCCAGCUAAAGUGUGCCCUCGGCGAGGUAGCGUGCGAUCCGGUGGGAAAGCGCCUCAAGAGCUUGGCACCGUUCGUGCUUCGCGGCGCUUGUCCACAGUGUACGCCGGCCGAGAUGAACCAGAUCAAGAAAACGUUAGCUCAUUUGCAGCGAAACUUCCCGUCCGAAUGGAACAAGCUGGUGCAGACGUAUGCUGGCUGAAAAGGGGAAGCUGGUGGAGGACGUUUUCUUCUGCCGUGUGAGUGUGAUAGGAAGAGGCAGAGUCCGCCGGAGGUUUGGUUUGGAAUGGGAGGGAUUUGCGAUAAAGUAUUUUAGGAUGUAUCGAGUAAACGCUGCAAACAGUAUGUGGCAUUGUAGUAGUGUAAGGUGCUCUAGAGGUGUAUGUACAAACUCGAAAGGACGAAUGGUUGGUAGAAUGUACGAAAAUAUAUGAAAAAAAAACAAACAAACAAA